AAAAAAAUUGAACUCAUUUUCAUUUGGGAAGAAUUUGGGAGAAACAAAAGAAUCAAGCCCUCCAGAACGCUCGUCAGCCACAGUUACCUGCAAAUCGAAACUACUAACUGUAAGCUCGAUCGUCUAUACGUCAUUAACAAUUUCUUUCACCAUAUAUACAGCAGCAGGAAGGGGAAAAAUUUAGGCAUGGCUAGCGGGGGAGCAGGGGUGAUAGAAUGGCAUCAAAAGCCUUCAAACCCCAAGAAUCCCAUUGUCUUCUUCGAUGUCACAAUUGGCACAAUCCCAGCUGGACGAAUUAAGAUGGAGCUUUUUGCCGAUAUUGUCCCCAAGACAGCUGAAAACUUUAGGCAGUUCUGUACAGGCGAGUACAGGAAGGCAGGCAUUCCUGUUGGCUAUAAAGGCUGCCAUUUCCACAGGGUUAUCAAGGACUUCAUGAUUCAAGCUGGUGAUUUUGUGAAGGGAGAUGGCAGUGGAUGUGUUAGCAUCUAUGGUAGCAAGUUUGAAGAUGAAAACUUUGUAGCUAAGCAUACAGGUCCUGGUCUCCUUUCUAUGGCAAAUAGUGGGCCUAAUACAAAUGGAUGCCAGUUCUUUUUAACUUGUGCAAAAUGUGAUUGGCUGGACAAUAAGCAUGUCGUUUUUGGGAGGGUGCUAGGAGAAGGGCUCUUGGUACUGAGGAAAAUUGAAAAUGUACAAACUGGACCCAAUAAUCGACCCAAGCUACCUUGUAUUAUUGCAGAAUGUGGUGAAAUGUAAUAAUCAAAUGUUCUAUGACAGGAUGUGUUAUUUCAUAGCUCCAAAUUUUCCUGCUGUUUUUGUAUAAUGCUAAUUUGGGUAAAAUGUGAAUGGACUGUUGUUUAUCAUCGGUGGAUCUAGUGCUAAAGGAUAAGUUCAUGCAUUUUGAUUUGAUCAUUUAUGCCAUUGUGGGCUUGUUGAGACUAGUGAUUGGUCAUUGUUAAUUUGUAAAUCAGUUUAAUAAGGAAUUUUUGAUAUGAAGAACAAUGAAUUUUCUGGCUUGAAUAAUCUUUCAUUAUGGGACAAACUGAA